UGCGCACAGAUAGACGACUACAGCAGUUUAUAAGCUGAGGCGCAAAUCUUAUCGCGCCAGCUCAGAACAAGCGAGCGUCAGUCAGGCAACACGUCCAAUCGUUGUGGUACCGACAAAGGCCCACUCCACUGAAAAUGUUCACAUAGUGAUCGGUUUUUCUUUGGACUGAAACAGAGGCUGCAUGCAUCUCAUCCAAGGAGCAUCUUUUAAGUGAACCGUACCUUCAGAGGAUACUUGCCAAGAUAUAAUGCCUAGAAAAAGUGUAAAGGCUGAAUUGAAGACGACCCCAAUCAAUGAAGCAUCCAAAGAGUGUACAGCCCGUUCUCGAAAAAGAAAGGCAGAUGUUGACGUUUAUUUGCAAGAUCCUGAUGAGGUAGUUACUGAAAUGACAAAAAAGAAGCAGUGUCGUACUCAGGCCUGCUGGAGUCAAGCCACAGGUUGCACAAGUCCGUGCAGACGAACCCCCACGCCUGACGAUGAAGUUGAGGAACCAGACACUGUGAGAGGCCUAGUCCUCUCACAGUAUGCCUUCAGAAACCUCUGCGGCACCCCUGCUAGGUCUUCCCCUCUGCCUGUCCUCUGCUGGGCAAAUAAAGAGGAUGUGUGGAAUAACCUGCUCAAGAAAGACAAGGCAUACUCAAGAGACAUGCAUUUCAUGGAGAGACACCCACAGCUGCAGCCAAAAAUGAGAGUUAUACUCCUGGAUUGGCUAAUAGAGGUUUGUGAGGUCUACAAACUGCACAGAGAGACGUUUUACUUGGCCCAGGACUUAUUUGACCGGUACAUGGCAACCCAGACGAAUGUGCUCAAAACGCGACUGCAGCUCAUUGGCAUCUCCGCUUUAUUCAUCGCUGCCAAAUUGGAGGAAAUCUAUCCUCCGAAGGUGCACCAGUUUGCCUACGUUUCAGACGGAGCCUGCACAGAAGACGAGAUCCUUAGCAUGGAGUUGAUUAUCAUGAAGGAGCUAAAGUGGAGUCUUAGCCCCUUGACAUCCAUAUCCUGGCUAAACAUUUAUAUGCAAGUGGCAUACCUGAAGGACUCCGGAGAGGUGCUGAUUCCUCAGUAUCCACAGGCUACAUUUGUGCAGAUAGCGGAGCUCCUGGAUGUGUGCGUGCUGGACGUGAAGUGUCUGGAGUUCUCCUACAGCAUGCUGGCAGCCUCUGCCUUGUUCCACUUCUCCUCUGUGGAGCUGGUGGAGAAGGUCUCAGGUUUCCAGUGGUCAGACAUGGAGCGGUGCGUUAAGUGGAUGGUGCCAUUCGCAAUGUCCAUUCGGGAAGUGGGCAGCUCAGGGCUCAAGACCUUCAAGGGAAUUUCUGUGGACGACCUGCACAACAUCCAGACCCACGCUCCCUACCUGGACUGGCUGGAGAAGGCGUACUCCUACCAGUUGGUAGACGUGGAGAGGAGUCAGAGGUCCCCCGUGCCUUCAUGCGUACUCACCCCCCCUCCGAGCAGCGAGAAGCCUGAGCUUCCCUCGUCUUGAGGACCCAUCUGCAGAAGCUGGGCCAAUCAGGUGUCUGGCAGGAGGGCGAAUUACAGCAUUGCACACAAACUGUCUUCAGAUGCUACAGGGGGGCACAAGGCUUUGUGGUCUGUCGUGAUUUAUCCAGUGGUUGUGUGUAGUCCAUCAGCUAUUUUAAAAUGUUUUAUUUUUUUAAUUCCUUUUUUUAAAUGGUCCACCAAGUUUUGGACCACCUGCCAAAUAUCCAGAGUUGUCAUCGGAACUCUGAAUGCUGCUAAAAUUGGUGGGACUUUGAGGAAUGGAUCCUGAACACGUGUUUGCCGGACCCACACUGCCUUUGGGAAUUGGAGAAAUACUAUCUGUUCGGUCUGGACAUUAGGCCCGCUGGUCUUUGCACCAGAGGAACAGCCAGCUUCAGAAGCGGACAUAUAAGAUUUUAUGUUGGACCUCUUUACCGGUCCACACAGAGUAUAGGUUUACCAAAUUGAAAUUUGUAUUUUUUAUCGUUAUUUUUUAUUUUGUAUUUUUUUCUGUAUAUUUUCAAUGAAAUGCUGCUACUUUUCUGUACCAUUUGAAAAUAAAUUCACUGUCUCAGACAGCUUAUCUUUUA